CAGGUUCCGGGGCGCCGCGGCGCGCCAGGCCUGGGGAUCGCGCGCGCGGCGGCCAGGAUGGAGGAGGCCGGAGCGGGGGUGGCCACGAACGGGGAAGCAGAACUGAACUGGUCCCGCCUCAGCGUGUCUCUCGAGACGCUCGAGUCGGAGCUGGAGGCGCGGGGCGAGGAGCGGCGGGGCACGCGGGAGGCGCUGCUGCGGCUGCUGCUGCCCCACAACCGUCUGGUGUCGCUGCCGCGGGCGCUGGGCAGCGGCUUUCCGCACCUCCAGCUGCUGGACGUGAGCGGCAACGCGUUGACCGCGCUCGGGCCGGAGCUGCUGGCGCUGCGCGGCCUGCGCACGCUGCUGGCCAGGAACAACCGCCUCGGCGGGCCCGGUGCGCUGCCCAAGGGCCUGGCCCAGUCCCCGCUCCGCCACAGCCUCCAGGUGCUCAACCUCAGCGGCAACUGCUUCCAGGAGGUGCCCCCCUCGCUGCUGGAGCUGCGCGCGCUGCAGACCCUCAGCCUGGGCGGCAACCAGCUGCAGAGCAUCCCUGCCGAGAUCGAGAACUUGCGGAGUUUAGAAUGUUUAUAUCUUGGAGGAAACUUCAUCAAAGAAAUCCCACCUGAAUUAGCAAAUUUGCCUUCUCUGAAUUACUUGGUAUUAUGUGACAACAAAAUCCAAAGUGUGCCUCCUCAACUUUCACAGUUGCAUUCACUUCGUUCCCUCAGUCUCCACAAUAACUUGCUGACUUACCUGCCUCGAGAGAUCCUCAACCUUAUUCAUUUGGAAGAACUGAGUUUACGAGGAAAUCCAUUGGUUGUCCGUUUUGUUAGAGAUUUAACCUAUGACCCUCCAACUCUCCUGGAACUAGCUGCACGGACCAUUAAGAUCCGAAAUAUUUCCUAUACUCCCUAUGAUCUUCCUGGGAAUCUUCUUAAAUACUUGAGUUCAGCCAGCAACUGUCCAAACCCAAAGUGUGGAGGAGUCUACUUUGACUGCUGUGUCAGACAAAUUAAGUUUGUGGACUUCUGCGGGAAAUACCGCCUCCCACUGAUGCACUACUUGUGUUCGCCAGAAUGCUCUUCCCCUUGCAGUUCUGCCUCUCACAGCUCCACGUCCCAGAGCGAGUCCGACUCAGAGGAUGAAGCUGGCGUCGCUGCACACAGGAUGCAGAAGGUUCUUCUUGGCUGAAAGGAGAGCAGCGUGGUGUGAGACACGGGACACUGACUAAAGGCGGGUAGAAAAAACUGGAGCUUCAAGUCCACUGGAACCCUUUCCUUCAUCUUGAGUGUCUGUGACAGAGGUGGGCAUGUUGUAAGAGAGUCUGGGUUUCGUCUGCAUAUUCAGCAGGAACAAGUCUAUUCCAUGGAUGGAUUCUCGGGAUGUAAUUCACUGUGAAUGGCAGUUCCAAAUUUGGCUGGUUACAGUUUUGACUCGAGUUUUGAAUGACUCAGAGCAGAAUGGUACAUUCUGGAGAGCAUUGCUAACCUAAGCCAUGAAUUCUAUAAAUUGUUGCAGUAGAGAUGAAGAAAUUAUCGCCUAUUAGAGAUCCCUGGGGUUUAGGUUGAACACCAUACCACAAACAGGAUUCACCCUCUUAUUUUGCCCAUAGGUAUAGAGUACAGAGCUAUUCAGAUAAGCUCAGAGGUAGUUACAUAGGACUGAAAUCUUUCUGACCAACCAACUCGUGAAGUAAGGAAUAGAACUUCUAAAUGGGCUGUUAAAAUUCUUCAGUGCUUCUCUGUUGUUCUGUGUGAUUGUUACUAGUCUUAUGUAAUUCAGCAGUGACUUUUAUAGUGCCUUAAUCCCAGCAAGAGUAUUAGCAGUUUCUUCAAGAAAUAAUGCCAGAGCAACAUGUAUCCUGACAUACUAUGCAAGACACUGUACAAUAUGCUUUAACAGAAUACGUAAACUGUGUUUAGCAGCUAAGCUCAUAGCCAGCUUAACUUCAUUUUUGUUUGUUUAAGCUUGCAGUGCCCCCUUUUAAGCAUUCUACUUUUGCAUUUAAUGGAAAGCCACAGCCUUGGAAAUGUGUUCAUUGUAAUAUAGAAGAUUUUGACAGAAAAAUUUAGAAGAGAUGUGAGCUAGGAAAACUGCUUUAUGUAUUGCUAAAUAAGUGGGGAAAAGAUUUAACAGUCAAAUAUUACUCCUUUGUCUGUGUCACGUACUGAACUAUAGCUAUCUUUAAAAGAAAAACUAAUACAUCUUGAAAAAUAAGACAAGCCAAAUACAUUUGGGAGCAGAAGCUGUUUUGUUUUUAGACACAGUAGAAGAGUUUCCAAAACUAGCUUAGUCAUGGAAUAUGUUUUGAAAAUAAAGUACUUGUAAAACAGAAAAAAUAUAUUAAAUAUAUCAUACCCUUAAAGUAUAGCAGAAAAAUAGUUCUACAGAUUAGUUUUAGAAAUUAAAGGUUUACUAACUAGUUUAAUACUCAGUAAAAUUGUAUAAUAGUAUAACUACAAGUUGGAAUUAUAAAAUAUACAAGCUUUCUAGUAGUCAUUAAGUAGCCAGCUUGCAAUAACAUGAUGGUUGUUGGUAAGUGUUAAAUACACAGGUCAGAUGUGCACCAGAACAUCAGAUGAUCUCUUUUCGGAUGACUAUGCACAUCAUUUCUUAAAAGCAGAUUGUUGUAUAAUAAUGAUAUAUACUUAGGUUGUAUUCACACAUGUUAUUUUUUAGAAGAACAUAAUAGUGUAGGGUUUAAUAGUGUCAGGGUUUAUGUGUUUAUUUGUAUGUUAAUUCAUGAAACAUCAUGAAAGUUUCAUGAACUGCGGUUAUGAAACGCUGCUAUAGUGAAUCCCUUCACCUUUACCCUGUUACAGUGUAGGAAGAAUCUUUUUUCCUGUUGAUUUAGAAUUUUUUUAAAUAUGUCUAUAAGAAGUCUAAACUGUUUCUAGUGCCUAGCAAAGUAGUUCAUGAAAGUAAGUCUUUGCUUACUUCUUCCCCAUGUGAGCUGCAACAACCUGCACACUGCAAAAUUUAUGAAAAGUAAAGAUGACUUAGGCAUGCUUAAGUGGUAAACCUAAAUUUUUUGUAAGUGACUUAAAGAUAUUGUAUUACAUUUUCAUAAAACAUGAAUGUAUUUGUAGUAAAAUACUCAAAUUGAAGACCAAAUUUUUCUGACUUAAUUGCCUCUACUAAUUGCUUUUCAGUUCAUACCAGCUUGGACUAAGUAGCAGCUUAAAUAAUGUUCAAAGAGUUGAUCAAUGUAAAAUAAAUGAGUAGAUAUGUAAAUGCAGCACUUACAUGCCCUUCCCAGCUUCCUAGAAAGAGGGAUUACUUAAUCUUUUACAGAUGAAAGUAAGCCUGCCAGAAACAGUUUCUAGUCUUUGCCAUUAUAAUUUAGAUAUAUAUCAUAGUGUUCUCUCAACAAAAUAUUUGUUGUUUUUUAAUAUGUCUAGUUGAAAAAUCUAUGAUCAGUGUGUACCUACCAAUCUAAGUUUUAGUGAAAUUUACAUUGUACUUUAAUUUUAUCUUUUUAAAAUCUUUGGUCUUUUACAAGAGCUGCUAAUAAUUUCUAAGGUUUUUUGUUUCUUUACUGUCUUUUUUCAUAAUUGAUGAUUAUAGGAAUUAAUGAGAAGAUGAGAAUCAAGGGUCCAGAUCUUUUAAACUAGAUGAUCAGCUGCCAAGUCAGCUAGCUAUGUGUUUAAAAUGAUAGACUAUCUUUUUAGUUGCUUAGUCACAUUUGUGUUUAACCAUAAUUAAUAAACUUUCAUUUUUUUAACAAAUUCACAAAAUCAGCAGUCUAAUUUUCAAAAUGAAAAAAGGUUUUGAUGUGGCUGCAGUUGGACAAUUGAUGCCCAAAGUUUCUGUGGCUGAAAUUACUUAAAGAUUAAUGUACUUAGAAUGGUAAUAUUUGAAAUUCAAAUAGAUAUAUUAUACAUUCUUAGUAAUCUUUAUUCCUGGCUUCUAGUUCUGUCAGCAUUAUCAGAAUGAUUUGGACAGAUAACCCUAAGAUUUUAGGAAAUAGGAAGAUUAGCUAGUGUGUUGUUUUGAUUCCAUGGUGCUGAGAAUUGGCUGAUGCAAUAAGCAGCUGUCAGAGUUCUCAGUCUUCCCUGCAUCUGAGUGGUAGUGAUAAAACCAAAAAUAUUAUUUUACUGAAGGUGUCUUAUUCCAGAAUUCUUGCUAUUUAGAACUUUAAAUUGUCCAACAAUUAAAGCAAACACUUGCAUUGUAAACCGUGCCUUAACCUUGAGAGAUUUUGUGUUGAUGUAAAGGAAAACGAAAGGUCAUCCACAGUGGUCCAGUGUAAGCAGCAGACCUGUGCAGCCAGACUUUGUUAAAUGGCAAGUGCGAACAAAAGAUGAGUAGGAAAAGGCUGAUCGUUAGAGUAGUCGAUGAAAUAGGUUUUUAAAAACAACAAAAAGGAAUAGAAGAAUCCCCAGAUACCCAGACCUGUUCCUGAGCCAACCUUGAAGUAACAGUGAAAUGUUUUACAAUUAAGUUUCUAGCUGGCUGAUUGAUUGCCAUCCAAAAGCCUGUCACUAAAUUUUAUCUGGAGACAAAUUUAUGUGGAGAUAGUCCACAUCUCUCUGUAGUGAAGAGCCAGCAGAUAAUAGGAUUUUCAUGCAGCCAACCUUGGUCUUCCCAAAGGGAGAAAGGAAUACCUCAUAUACCUGGAAUUUGCGGUCCAGCAAGUAGACUUGGUUAAUGUUCACCUGUUGCUGUGUAAAAAAGAAAAAAAAGAUACACUAAACAAAUGAUGCAAAUAAAGUUUAUCUUUUAAAGCAUUUUAGUAGUAGCUAUUAAUAUAAAAACUGAUGGUUAUUAUUCCUAAAUCUUCAUAAGACUCCUUGUAGAAAAAACUUUAGUGUGUGUACAUAAAACGUUAAGUUGCAUUUAGUUAAAAAUACUAAUUUUUACCUGAACGAUCCCCCAUCUUCCCAUCUAAAAGUCACGAUUUUAUUAUGUCAUUAUAAAUACUAGUCUGCAUUUAGCCCAAAUAAUGAGCUUUUAAGUUGUGCUGGGCAUUUAACAAUGGUAAAGGCUAUUAUGUAGGUUUUUAGCCCCAUAACCUGUAAUACAUAGUUCUAAUUCCAUCUGUAUUGAAAAAGUGUUCUUGACCUUCAUUAUUCCUAUAUUAAACACUAUAACCUGUAUAAACAUGAGUUUAAUAGUAUGCAAUUUUGUAUUUUCAUUAUAAUCAUGAUUAAAAUAACGUUGUCUUUAGUUGUGGUCAGAAUCUACGUGCCUUAAAUCCUCUGCUCUAGACCCAGAGUUUGUGGAACUGUUUCACUGAGUAACUUGUUUGUGCCUCAUGGCCUUAUACAUUUGACUUGAGGGAUACUGUGAUCCUGAGAGAUCAUUUUCCCUAAAAUCGGGGCCUCGUGUGUUGGAGUCAAAGACAUCCCACUGGAGGGGGAAUCUAUCAAGUGUAUUGUCAGAGGAGGUCAAAACCAUAAGGAUCAGGGUACCCUGAAAUGAAAUCAGUGAAAAGACAUAUUCUCUUAUAAAUUAGUCUAUUUUAAAAAUUUAUAUGAUGCCAUCAAAGGAUGACAACAGUUCCUGACGAACUUCAUAUUUAUAGUAUCAUGUGAGGAUACUAGGGAGGCCCAGUAUAUUUUGUAAUAUAAGCUGAAAGGCAGCUAUGUUUUAGUAUUUGUCCAUGUAAAUAUCUCCAUUUGUUUUCUGUUUCGCCUUGGUCUAUAUUUGCUAAGAUUUAAUGUAAACAAUAAUCCACUGACAACCAUUACACAUUAUUGAACACUCACAGGGUAAUACUGAUUUGGGUGCUACUAGACUUUUACCUAGCAUUGGUCAGUCUCAGUCUUAUAAGGGACAGUAUUCAAUCUAGUAAAUAUUAAAAUCUGUUAGUUUAAUGAAGGUUAUUUAUGUACUGUCUUACCAAAAGCCAUGGCGAAGAGACCAUCUGCAUUCAUUAGAACUUAACUUUGUUCCUUUGGCUGUGAAUAAUUUGGAUAAAAAUGUCUUAUUCUGAAUUCCAGCUAUUGGAAGAAAGGAUAAAAUUCACGUUGCUGUUGCUAAUAUUGCAAACACAUUAUUAAAUACAUUAAUUCUGUCUACAACUGUUGUUUAAGAGACUCCUUUUACUAAGUUAUCUGGUUAACAUUGAUGUGUUGUGAGAAAGAUAUUAACCUCAAUGGUCACACUACAGCAUGUUCCUAUAGCUGAGGUUUGUUGCAUUCCUGAGCCCACUUUGUAUUCAUGAAAAACAAAAACAUGAUGGUGGAAAAUUUUAGAAUAACGAAUAAAUAGGGUUUGGGACUUCAAAGAAUCAAAAAAGAAUUCUGAAAAUAUAUUAACACUUACUUUGGUCAGAUUACUUUUUAUGAUCUGAUUUCUUCAUUUUCUGUAUUUGAGAUCUUAUGAAUUUAAAUCUGUACACAUGGAUAAUUAAAAAUGGCAAGAAAUGUAAUUGAGCAUGAUUCAGAAAUAAAGUUUUAUUUUCAGGAUACGAUAGCUUAUUGUACCAAAUUGAUAUAUUGUAAUAGUAAAUGCUCAAAAAAGAAUAAGCUACUUCAAUUCUAGUACCUCCUUUCCCUAUACUCUUUCCCUGGACUUGGAGAAGAAUGUGAUCUUAUAUUUAACUAACAAUAUGUAUGAAUUAUGCCUUUUCAAACAUUGUGCCUUAUUAAAAGUGUUUUCUUGAAAACCAAUUUUAUAUUUUGGAAAAAUAACAGUAUUUUAAUAUUAAUUGACAAGCAUUUCCUUUUAAAGAAAUCUAAAAUCCUUAUAAUGUUUGUAUUUACCUGAUUACUUGUUAUAUCAUUGCUUAUCUGUUUAUUGAAUUUAUUCAAUACAAGAAUUUGUACAUUAA